AUACCCGUGCAGUGCAUGGCCAACAUGUACUAUCCACUCCUUGCGCUCUCUUCAUGUCUCCUCGUCUCUGUCGCCCGCGCUGAUGUCACAAUCUACGGCCUCUUUGGCCAGACGACCGCCGCCCCCGUCCAGCAGGGCGCAAGCAGCACCUCUGCGCCCUCUACGACCUUCAUAACAGUGCCCGGACCCCCAUCUUACACCGGACUGGCAGCCUAUAACCCCGUCUACUGGGAACCUCCCGCUAUCCCGAACCCUCCGCCGCCAAACACGUUCGCGAUCGGUGUGCCCACCGACCAGAACCUGAUGACGGGCAUUUCUAUCCCCCAAGCAGGCACCUUCUUCGGCUUCUCAAUCGAAAUGUCCGUGGCCAACCAGCUCAGUGAGUUGUUUGCUGCUUGAUUGUCCUCUUUUGCGGUUUUUGUGGAUGCGGAGAGGUACGGAGGAGUGUGGGUGGUGUUGUAGCAGCAGGGCCCCUCUUUGCCUCAAAUCUUGCCGUCUUCCCCGUUUCCUGUCCCGACGGCGACCAGAUAAGGAGGGCUAUAUCGACUCCUGUGGUGUUGUUCGGUCAUCCAGGCUCGCACAUACGGCUGCAGUGUGCACAGGAAAUUCUGUCUGGAUCAUGAUUAGCCAGCGGGUUGAGAGAGCACCUGCUGCAGGUGUGCUAGAUGGUGUUGUAGUCUGGGAUACGAUGAAAAGACUUGCGGCGCGCGGCAUUUCUGCACCUAUAUGCAGCCUAGAAACCUCCUCAAGGGCAGUUACCGGCGGAGUACUCGCGCGCAAGCUGUCGCGCCGUCUUUGUCCUGAAGCGACGUGACACAGUCUCGUAAGUAGACGACCCAAAACCCGCUCCAUGGGACAAUGAACCAGAGAGCGCACAGGACGGCGGUUGAACCCGCUCAUAAACCUGUUAAACAUGGCUACAGAUACAAAAGCCUUGUCUAGCUUUUGUCCCAUUCCGACACGCUACCGCUACCUAGAGGAUCUCUCUAGUGUUUUCGCCGAAGCAUGCCCCAGCUCGAGCAUCUACCAUGAAGGAUGGAACGAAGGGUCGUCUUAACCACCUCCAGUUGUGUUGUGCGCUCAAUGCUUCUUGUUAUGUGUUGCCUAUUUGCGGUAUUGUGUGGCUAAUCAUACUUGACGCGUGCCUACCGCAGUCGGAACAAGCUCGAAAAACCUCAAUGUGCCGUUCCUCAAUUACAUGAGCAUUAUCGCCGAAAAGGCAGGUAGCGUUCAUAUCCGCGUCGGCGGUAACACACAGGAGACAGCAUUCGUUGUCGAUUCGCUUGCGGACGGCAAGAUGAUCGAGAAGGAUAAGGAGGAUGCCUCUAACCCGACGGCAACCCCCGUCCUCGCGCUCACCCCAGAUUUGCUGUACAUGCUCGCGAAUGUCUCUUCCCUGGUAAACAUCAACUGGUAUCUUGGUAUCCCGUUCAACGACACAGCGAACUGGCGCUUCCAGAUCGCCGAGCUCGGCGAAGCCAUCCUCGGGGACAGGCUGCUCGGCUUCCAAGCGGCGAACGAGCCCGACCUCUACGGUCAGCACGGACACCGUCCCCUGACCUACAGCCCGUUCGACUUCUUUGGCGAGUAUGCGCUGUUCACCCAGGCGUGGCAGGCCGACGGGAAUGUGCCCGUCAAGAACAAGAUCAUCGCGCCGAGUACGUCGUACGCGGUGUGGUCGCCCGAGCAGGUGUGGGAUACGGGCUUCGUCGAGGCGUACGGGCAGUACCUGUCGCACCUCGCCGUCGAGCACUACCCGGCGGACAACUGCGCGGUGAUCUUCCCGAACCCGCAGAACCCGCCGCGAGACCCGCUGCAGGUGCUGCCGACGUACCUGACGCACCAGGCGGGGCUGGACUUCGUGCAGCCGUACCUGAACUCGACCGCGCUCGCGCAGCAGUGGGGCAAGCCGUUCCUGCUGUUCGAGACGAACACGGCGUCGUGCGGCGGGUUCCCAGGCAUCUCGGACGCGUUCACGUCCGCGCUGUGGGGCAUCGACCACGCGCUGCAGCUCGCGAACUCGAACUUCUCCGGCGCGCUCUUCCACUUCGGUGGGCAGAACGUAUCGUACAACCCAUUCACGGCCGCGCCGACGAACGAGUCCGCGCUGCACGGGUGGACGACGGGCCCGCUGUUCUACUCGGCCGUGUUCGUCGCGGAGGUGAUGGGCAAGAGCAACACGACGCGGAUCAAGGACAUGGGCGCGAACAACGGCAACGGGCAGACGCCCGCGUACGCCGUCUUCGAGAACGGGCAGUUCUCCAAGAUGGCGAUGAUCAACUACAUGACGGACCCGUCGGGCGCCAACGACUACACGGCGACGAUCUACGUCGGAGGCUCGGGGUGGAACGAGCCGAACGGGGUGCCUGCGUCGGUGCAGGUCAAGUACCUCCUCGCGCCUUCGACGUCGGAGAAGGACAACAUCACCUGGGCUGGGCAGACACUCGGGGGGCGGUUCGCGUCGGACGGCCGCUGGAAGGGCGAGGAGAACAUUCAGACAGUGCCGUGCGACCAGAACGCGAACAGCUGCACGGUGAAGGUGCCCGCGCCCGGCGCGGCGAUCGUGUACUUCUCGCAGGACGCGCAGGCGGCGAUCGCAGGCGAGAGCUACUCGACGUACCCGACGACGGUGCUCACCAAGACGAAGAACACGGUCACGAUCGACCCGUCGGUGCUCGCGACGAGCAACGGUGACAGCGGGAAGAGCCGGCUGAACAACAUGGGCGGGACGAGCCAGGGCGGGACGAACGGCGCGGCGGGGGCGGUCGCCCCGGGUGUUGCUGCGUUGUUCAGUGCGCUCGCAGGCGUGGCGGUCUUCUUCCGGGUGACGAUCCGGUGAGAACCUGUGUGGCUCGCCGGGAGUGUCAGUGGUGGGAUGGAAUGUGGUUUUCCGCUCUCUGCGCGGAUGUGACUGCCUGGCAGUCUUCACGGACUCGACGGGGGACGCGGGCACGGGGAGGUAAUGUGUGUGGCCAUGUGGGACGCUCGUAGGUUCGCGCGGCGCGUGUCGUCCACUCGCGGGUGUCGUUCGUUCGUCCAUCCGUCUGUAACCUAACUAUCGGGACUCGUUAAUGUACACCCUAACAGCGUCUGCUGCCGCUGCUGAGUUUGUUUUAGGAAUACACUAUUCCGUUCUUUGACCGCU